ACGAAAUUAGGUCAAUUUUGAACAGCCGCCGCAAUUCGAAAUGUGAUGUUUACGUUUGGAUCAGCCGUAAAAUUAUAGCUUCCAGUUCAAUUAAAACACACGCGUUGCAUGGUUGUUUUAGAUUCGAAAGUUAAGGUAUUCAGGACCAAGUGGCCAACAGAUUUGGCCUCCUGAGAGAUUCAGAAGAAAAAGAAAAAAUGGCGGAUUCCUUGUGCAGUACGAGCGCUAGUUGUAGCAUGGAAACUUUGGCUGAGUCCAGGGAAGAGAGGAGGAGUUUGGAAGAAAAGCGAUUUGUUAUUAUUAAUAACUGCUGUGAAAGGCAUCCAAAACUUUUGGGAGCUGUGAAGCAAUAUGGCCUACCUGUCUUCUACUCAGAGAGUGGCAUGGAUUUUGCCAGGGAUGCAGACUAUGACACAGUAUUUGUAACAGACAAUUUCAAUGACGGAACCUACUUUAGGCUGAGGGGAGAGGAGGUCAGAAUUGCAGGACCACCUGUGGUUAUUUCAAGUGCUUCUAAAAAGGAGCACAUCCCCUUUAGCUCCCGCCCACUGUACUGCACCUCCAUGCAAAACCUCAUUAUGUGUUUUACUGGUUUUAAACAGAAGGCAGAACUGGUGAGUCACAGUGGUCGCCAUGUCCCCGCUGGAGACUCGGACUGCACCCAUCUGGUGAUAGACCACAGUAUCAGCAGUAAAAACGACAUCCCGUUUGAGACGCACCACAAGCUGAACAUGGUGACGGGAGAGUGGUUCUGGGCCAGUAUACAGAUGGAAGCCUGCGCUGAGGAAUCCAUGUACCAGUUUGAAAAGAUUGAGAAGACGCCUUCUUCGGCAUUCAACACCCCUAGCUCCGGUUCACGUAUGAGGAAACGAAAGCGUCUCAAGGACACCCUGACGCAGCUGGCCUCAGACGGGGAGCUGGACUCACCCAUCAUGUAUCACAAACGACGUUCCAGCGAACACAUGCUGUCGCUGAGUGCGUCUCUCAUUGAUGUUACGCCAGACGUAGCCACUCCCCUGGGUUUGGAGACUGCCACCCCCGGGGCCCCCACUGCCAAUAUCAGCAAGAGGAAGCAAGUGAUUAUGGAGCUUCUUCAGACAGAGAACAACUAUGUUGCCAUACUGGACACCGUGCUGACUAUCUUCAAAGAAGGAAUAGAGAAUCCUAACCAGCCGGGAGGACCCCUGCUGCCACCUACAGAUGUGAAGCUCAUCUUCGGCACCAUCCCCUCCAUAUUUCAAAUCCACAGUAAGAUAUGUGAGGAGCUGGCAUCGCUGGUGGCAAACUGGAGAGAGGAGUGCAGUGUGGGCGACGUGAUUGUCAGACAUGCCAGUGAGCUAACGAAAGCCUAUCCACCAUUUGUCAACUUCUUCGAGCAAACCAAGGCAACUAUUGAAGAAUGUGACAGGACCAACACAAGAUUCCAUGCUUUUCUGAUGGUCUGCAAAAACAAACCAGAGUGCUGCAGGCAGACGUUAAAGGAACUUCUGAUCAGACCUGUUCAGAGGUUACCCAGUGUGGUUCUACUGUUGAAUGAUAUAAAGAAGCAUACCAACAAGAACUUCAGCGACUACGCAGCUCUUGAAAAAGCUGUUAAUGCUCUUAAUGAAGUUUUAAAACAUAUCAAUGAAGAUAAAAGAAAAACAGAAGGUCAGGUUGCCAUGUUUGAAGUAGUCAAUGAUAUAGAAAACUGUCCGCCAAACCUACUGUCAUCCCACAGGAGUUACAUCACUAAGGUGGAUGUGAUAGACCUGUCCACAGAGCUGAGAGGCAAGGGAGACGCUCUCACGCUGUAUCUCUUCUCUGACAGUCUAGAGAUAUGCAGAAGGCGGAGAGCUGGUAACUUCAAGAGUCCCGCGCCUUCCAAGACACCACAGAAACCGUACAAGCACAUUGAGAUGCUGCCAUUGGCCUCCGUGAAACGCGUGGCUGACAUCACAGAUGGAGAAGACUGCAAGAACGUCUUCUCUCUGAUCUGUCGCAGCAGCCUAGACGCCCGCGAGAAGUUGUACAGUUUUUCCCUGUGCACAGAUGGUGUCAGCAAAGAGGAGUUCUUACAGACCCUUUGUAAGGGUAUAGCUAGCACCACCUGUAAGACAGACUGGGAGAGUCUGUUAGUAUCUCUGGAUGCCAAAAUGCUGGACAUUGCUGCCUCAGACCCUGGCAAGCAGGUCCUGAAGAGGUUUGGGAAGAGAGUCAGCAGAGCAUUUUCCUUCAACAAGACCCCUCGCAAGCUGAAACGCGCACUCUCCAGCAUGAGUCCCUUCGUGAAGGAGAACCACCACGCCCAGGACAAGGAUGGACGCAUGCCGUGUACGCCCAGACAGGAACUGGGAAUGAGGCUGGCGACCUCUGACCUCAAUGACUUUUUGACUCCCAAUGUUUUGCCUCUAAACAUGGCCAACAAAAAGAAGAUAAAAAGCAAAUAUAAUUCCGCUUCUUCCAUCAGCGGAUAUUUGUACCAAACGCUUCGCCGUGCGCACUCCACGUUGUCUGUGGACGACAUUGCGGACUCUCCCCUCCAGUCGUAUCCCAGCACCCCCUCUCUAGUACACAAAUUCAACACCAUAGGACCUGCCGAUUCUAGGAAACUGGGACUAUAACAAAGAAAAUUGAAAUACAGUGAUAAUUAAUAUAUAUAUAUGUAUGUAACAUAUCUGUAUCAAAUUCUGUAUAAAAGGACCACAGUUUUUCCAGUGGCAAGAUUGGCAGAGUUAAGGAAACUGGGACCACAAAAGGAUAUAUUUUGAGUAUGUGUAACACAAUAUAAAGUGACCAAAGCAAAAUGAACAUUAGGAUUCAAGGAGGCCAGAUAAUUUGGACUAGUAUAUUUAUUUAUUUAUUUAUUUAUUUAUUUAUUUAUACAGGGAUGUGAUUUUUUUCAACUAACAACCCACGCCAAAUUUUAAGACUUUUUUCACUAAAUGUCCGUCUCGUCCCUGUUUAUUGCAUAAUAAUAUGUGGCACAUCAUAAAUCUGUCUAUGGAAGUGAUUAUGCUCGGGACAUUAGCCUAGAACAACUAGAUCAACAACAAGUUCUGCAGAGGGUGAGGACGCUGGGACAAUGGAACCGCGUCCUGAGAGAGAAAAUACCUCUCGGAGUACAUGGACAUAGAAAUAGACUGAAGUAUGGGACUGUACUCACAUGAGCUUUUCCUUUUCUUUUUUUCUGCAAAAUCACAGAAUUAUGAGAUUCCCAUUCUGAGCGAACCCAAGGUGGAUCCAGAACCCUUGUUUUAAUGGUUUGUCCUAUGAUAAAUGUUCCACAUUUUAAAAAUAUUUAUUUAUUUAUUUAUAACCCAUGCUCAUGUCUGAGUGUAUUGUCAAUGCUAUAAGGGCAGGCAGUGUACCCAUAGCAUGGAAAUGCAAUUACUGUCAUUUGUACAGUAAACUGAUGGUAGGGCAGUGUAAUAGUUGUUACUGUGUACUAUAGUUAUGGUAUAACAUGUAAUUACUGUUACUGUUAUCUGCAGUAAUGGUAUUGUAGUUGCUGUUACUGUUUCAUGUAGUGACAGUACUGUUUUGGGUACUGCUAUGUCAGAAUUGCUACUGUAUGUAAAAAUUAACAUCAUGUAAGUUAUACUGGUAUUUUGAAAGUUAUCCCAUCUUUGUCACUUAAAAUAUGUCUGUUACUGCAGUAAUUAUGAAAAUAAGGAUUAAGAAAACAGCAUAGAUAGAGGAGAUGUGCAAAGUGUCUUAAUGACAGUUUAGAUUUCUCUCCACCUUGUGAGCAUGUGAAGACAGAUGUGUGAAAUCAGUUUUUUUAUCUGCCAAUGGUCAAAUUUUAAUUUCUAUGUUUGAUGUGCACCCCUCAAAAAGUAUUGAAAAUGGCAGGGCUUGGUACAAAAAAUUUGAAGAUUUAAAUCCAAGUUUGCAUUUAUUCAGAUUAUUACAUUAAUCCAACAGAUGUUUAAUUGAUUUUUCAACUAAAUGAUUAAUUAUGAAAACAAGGGGAAAUGUGAAAUCCUGAUUGUUGUUUAACUUCUUUGUGGAGAAGUUAUAUUAGUAAUGUAAAAUUUUCUCUAGGUUAUAUGAUUGUAACUUAAUAAUAUGUGAAGUUGAUUUAGAACUAAAAUUUAAAUUAUUAUAUCUGUAUGAUUGAUGUUCUGCCAUGGUUGAGUCUCGGGAGAGGAGAAAUCAGUCCUUGGACAAAGUAAUAAAAAUAAUAAUAAUGUGUAGUAAUAUUCGAAAUUAUUUUCACCAACAAGUUUUUCUUUUAACGUAAAGAUACAACAGACCUCUGCUGCAAAUAUUAAGAAUGUUUUCAAUCUUUUGUGAUGCCGUUUCUAUGGUUUGAGCCAAAAACGACUUGAAAUGCCACAAAUUGGGGUUUUUUGUCAUUGUAAAUGUUCAGUGAUUUUAGAAAUAUGCUGAUACUAAUUAUUUAAUACAUUCAGAUGUUUGUAACUUGAUUUCUUUUGCACAGGAGGAAGAUAACACUUAGUGUCAAGAGUAAGAAAAAAAUGUGAAAUAAACUUGGCAUGUUGAUGAAGAUAUGGCUGAUAAUAAGGAGCUACAUUUAGUGCUCAUCAUCAUAAUGUUGUUUUCUUGAUUUCUCCUUUUCUUUCUCUGGGGGAGUUAUUCUUGUUUAUCAGUAUCAACCAUAAAGAAAAACCUACUUUUUAGCU